UUUUCAAUAAUCCAGUGUUUAAAGCUUUAAAGCGUGUGUUUGGUUGAAGGUUCUCUACAACGUGCUUGAAAUGAGAGGGUGAGGGGACGAGUACUCAGGUGGUUGUAAUGUCCAACUUCUCUGCUGUCACUAAAUUCUACACAUUGAACAUUUAAAAUUCAUUGGAAUUUCAGUCCCGUUUAAUCCGGCAACAACUGUGGUUGCCAUGGUAACAGCAAGUGCAGUUAAAAACAAUGCUAUGCAACUUUUACUGAGCAACAGCGCCCUCUGCAGCCAUGUGUGGUGAUAGAUUCUGUUGGGGUCUGUGUCUGAGAGAAUAAGUGGUUUUCAUAUAGAAAAAGAAAGCCUAUCAAAGUGUUGGCUGUGUAGUCCCACUCACACACACAACUGAACGGUGGAUUUUACCCAUGAUCCCUGGCUUCCUGAGCUGUAACAAACACACCAAACUCUGUGUAGAAUAUGUGAUAUUUUAAAUGUUUCCUCGCGGAAUAUUGGAGAUAAACGCUGGUUUUGAAUGACUUCCAACUCAGUUUAACUGAUCUACAGUUCAGCAUUACUCUCUAACUUGCUGGCCCUGAUUCUGACAACUAAAGCUGCGACUACCAGUCAGCUCCACACUCCUCACAGGAGAUCGUACCUGCUCACCCAAGUUACAUAGAGCAAGAACAAACGUUCAGUGUGAGGUGUGGAAAUGAAAGUGACACAAUUCUCCCUAUUCCAAGUCAGUGCCUAAUCAAAAUAGUUGUUAAGCUUCUUUAAGGUAAAACAGUUGCAUAGCGUUGCUUUAAUACAACAGAAAACACCAACUGGUUCUACCUUGUCUGAAAUACAGCAGAGGCACAACGUCUGUAUCUGUCUUUAGUUUAGCUAAGCAAACUCAUGUUGUUCUAUCACAACCACAAUCUGGUUUUCAACCUGUUGCCUGCAGCACUUCAUUAAACAGCUCGCUGUGGCUGCUCCUGCUUGUUCCAUUAAACCCUACAACGUUACAAGCUGCUCCACAGACAAAACAUUUGCGUUUGUGUCUUGCUUUGUCAAAGCAUUUUUUGUAUAGAUCGUGAUCAGGGCUUAACCUUGUGAUACAUACAUUGUUUCCUGUGACUGUUUCACAAUAAAAGCCACCAGUUGCACAUUUUUUAAAUGAAACGAUAAGCUGUAGGAAAUGUUCAUUUUGGCAUUAGCGUUAAUUAGCUGAUAGAGUGUCACGCAUCAGCAGUAAACAGUGAAGCUAUUGGCAUUUUACUAAAAUUACAGCAAUGCUGGAUUACGUGCUGCAUUGUGUCCUGGAAAUCCCUCACUGGCAGAUUCUGUAGACAAAAUGGAGCCAGCCAGACACUGACUCACUGCCAGUAGCACUGUAAUAACAUUGAAAUCUACUAUAUGGAUAAAUAAAUAUAGAAUGUAACUAGCACACCUCCGCCAAGGAAACCACAUCUAAAUUCACUAGAUCCAGAUUUUCUAUUUGGAUCUGCACCAAAUUGAACACACUCAUAAAUAGCAGACCCCUAAACAGGCCAGAUGUUUUUCAUCAUGAGAAAUCAUGAAAAAUCUGGGAAAUCUAGGUAGAAAAACAAAUCCAGGAUACGCCCCCUGAUCUGGAUCCAAACCAACAGUUAUUGGGUUCGUCCUGAGGUCAUCCUCCACAAAAUCUCAUGUAAAUCUGUUGAGUAGUUGUUGCUCAGUCCUGCUAACAACGCAGACAAAAACAUAACUGAAUUACCUUGAAUGGUUAUUGCAGAACACUGCUCAUACAAAAUAAGGUUUAAUUUAAUGAAAACUUAAAUGAUUGUAGGCUUUAAAGUCCAUUCACUUGUGGUGUUUCUCUGUUAAUGAAUGUUGCAUGUUGGCUCCCCUGUUUAUUGUUAUUUGUUGGUAUAUUUCAUGGACAUGUUAUCCCACAUAUUGCAAAUGUGUGUCUAUUGAUUAUACAAUAAAUGUGAAUGGGAGGAACACAUCCUGGCCCAUUAUAGUGCAUUUCAAUCCUGUCCUACAAUUGCUCGGUGAAAGGGCAAUAGCAUCAUCUUUUAGUGUGUAAGCCCUCGUUUUCACUUCCGGUCCAUUACCACGAGGACGUGGAAUGAAGGGAAGUAGAGCUGUGGCUUCAUUUGUGAAGCGGUUGCACUGCAGAGAGGACAUUCACCGCUGGCUCUCUCUGUGAUGAAGAGUAGCCCCUCUGUGCGGCAGUAUGAGAGACGGCUCCACCAGCUCGUAUUUCCCCAGCAUGCCUCUUUGUCAGAGAGAGUGAUCUGAAAAAACGGAAAAGUAGAGAAAGGAGCUGAGACACCAUUAUUGUAUGAGGGUAAUAAAAAAUAGGACCAUUACCAUCAAGGACACCAUUAUAAGAGGGCAUUUAUUUAUCAUCAUCAUCAUCAUCAUCUGCUGCCUCUGCUCCCACAACCCCACUGCCAUUAUCAUUUCCCCUCAACAUCAUCAUCAUCAUCAUCAUCAUCAUCAUCAUCAUCAUCAUCAUCAUCAUCAUCAUCAUCAUCAUCAUCAUCAUCAUCAUCAUCAUCUACCCUCAUCAUCAUCAUCAUCAUCAUCAGCGGCAGCCUCACCAUUAUAGUCAUCAUCAUUAUCAUUAGGCACGGUAAUCAUCCACGAGGGGUUUCCAUGGGGCAGGAUAAAAGGGCAGCCUCGACUCUCGCCUUCCUCACAUCCUGCCUCUGCAUCUGAGAGAGAAGGUGGUUUUCCAUCUGGCUUGUUUCGCUCUCAGACGCCGGGACGCACUGAAGCUGGAGAGCCUCCGCUGUCUUUUGAACCCUGCGAAGCUUUUCUUUCUACCGGCUGGGAAAAAGUCAUUUUUCUAUUCUUUAUUCUGAAAACCUCAAAAGAGCUAGGUAGCUGCUGAGAUUGGUUUCUCUGUGUAUCCUCUGGGUGAUGAGGAGAGCCCUGCCUACGGCCAGCUCAGCAUGGAAAGUGAAACAGACAACUCUCGCAGCACGACGGACAACGGGCGGGAGGAUGAGGGCAGAGGGUCCCAGUCGGAGCCCAGCUUUCCCCCGUACUUGUCCUGCAGGGGCUGCGGUCAGCUCCGCGAUGAACCUCUGGGACCUGGCAUAGACCUCGUCGGUCCGUAUUGCCUUAGGUGCUGCAAAGCCUCCAGGGAAGCUAAAGCCACAGACUUCUGCUCCCCCUUUGGCGGCAUAAGCGGGAUUCGCUCAGGCUCCCACUCGCAGCUCGAUGACGACGAGAUGGGUGACAAAGGACUGUCAGCCGAGGACAAACUGGCCAAGCUGCACUCAUGUCACCUCUGCGGCUUCUCCUCGCGUUACGCCAAUCAUGUGAAGCGUCACAUGAAGACCCACAACGGGGAGAAGCCCUACAACUGCCCCCUGUGCACUUACGCCUCGGCCCAGCUGGUGAACCUGCAGCGUCACCUGCGCAUCCACACCGGGGAGAAACCUUACAAAUGUGACAGCUGCACCUUUGCGUGCAGUUCCCUCGGCAACCUGAAGAGGCACCAGCGCAUGCACGUGCCCUCUGCUGGGAUGGGACAGGAUGCUCUGCCGAGACCCCCCCCUGGCCCCAAUAUUCUGAAGAGGCAUGUGACCGGGCAAAGACCCGAUGAAGAAGAGCCUGGUGCUUCAGCAAAGGUUUCAGAGGUGGAAAGGCCGACGUCGAACAUGAAUUUAGGAGCCCCGAACAAUGACUUCCUGUCGGCCUUCGAUGGCUUAAAGGGGGCAUCGCCACCCCCCAUCCCGCCCUCUAACCCUGCUCCGAGCCACCAGCCUCCGCCUGUGCUGCCGACCACAGGUACCGAGGGAAACAGGACAAAUAGGGGAGACGUUUCAGACGGUGCCACCCUCCCCCCGUCACUUUUUCCCUUUACUUGCCGUUUGUGUGGCAUUGUCCUGGAGGACGAGGACGGCUCCUCAGCCCAGAUUUGUGCCAAGUGUACCCUUGAAAUGCUGACUAAAGACAGCUCGUCGUCUCCCAACAGCCCCGGCGAGCGCAGCGACAAGGUGUACACCUGCUCCGCCUGCCCGUUCCUCACGCACUACCCCAACCACUUGGCACGCCACAUGAAAACUCACAGCGGCGAGAAACCGUACAAGUGCCCACAGUGCGACUACGCCUCAGCGCACUUCGACAACCUCAAGCGUCACCACAGAGUGCACACGGGCGAGAAACCUUACAAGUGCCAUUUGUGCGACUACGCCUGCGGGAACCUGGCCAACCUGAAGCGCCACCAGCGGGUGCACUCGGGCGCCAAACCAUUCCAGUGUGCCGUGUGCAGCUACAGCUGCAACCAGAGCAUGAACCUGAAGCGGCACAUGCUGCGGCACACAGGAGAAAAGCCGUACAAGUGUCAGGAGUGCGGCUACACCACUGGCCACUGGGACAAUUACAAGCGACACCAGAAGAAACACGGCCUGGCCACGGACGGCUGGGUCAAGGUUCCAAUGACCGGCCACGACGAAGACGACGAAGUGGGGAAAGGGAUGGGAGGCGGAGGCCAGACUCACAGAAAGGAAGCAGGAGUUGAUAUGCAGUAUAUGUCUCGGGAGGGAGGUCAGACUAUACACUCGUGCUACAAACUUGAGAUUGUAUAAAUAUAACACAGCAGAACUAAGCUACCAGCAAUUGUUUCUUUGUCAAUUCUCACAGAGCCUUUAUAUUGUUUUAGUGUGUCGGUCGUUUAGUGUUUUCGUCAGACGUCUUCAGAGGCUGCUAAUUGUUAAUUUGUAGAAUCUCGCACAAUUACGAAAAACAAAUUGUCUGAUGCCUUUUGGAUUAAGUGGAUUAAGGUGGAUGAGUCUGUUCAUAGUUUGUCUUCUCCUCUGUCGCUGUGUUUAUGUCAGAUGUUCUUUACUGUCGAAGUCUUUUCACUGUGUCUGGUUCUGUCUUUUACUGCGCGCUUAUUUUAACAGUUCCCCUCUAACAGAAAACACAUAUCCUGUUCUACCAAAUACUCCUGAAUACAUGUACAUGGAGCUCAUGCACAAUUUCCCCCCGGAACUGUUAAGUUGCACCGUGUAGUUUCUUUUAUUUGUUUAAUAAAAGAUCAUUGCUGUUUUUAUCGAAGUCGUCAGUGCCACCAAGCUUAAGUCAAACGUUUUGUUUUGUAUCCAAAAUCAAAUUAAAUGACAUGAAUGUAACUGAUUUACAGAAUUCUGACAACUCAUAUCACGUGACAGAGAUGGCUUGACUGUUGAGCUCAUUUUAUCUUAAAACUCAACUUUAAAAUCUGCGAUGAGAAGACGACACAGUGCAGCUUUCAUUAAAAAAAGAUGGGUCCUCGUAAAGAGCCAGUACUGUGCUUCUCUUUGCAUUGGGGCACAGCUCUGGUAACGGCAUGCCAUCAGAUGAAUUUACUAAUGUAUGUACUACGAGCAAUGUGCUGUGUAAUAGUACUGGAAUUGUUUUACACCCGUUAAAACUAUAUUGAAUAAUGAGGUUGUGAUGCUAAAUAAUCUCCUGCAACUUUAACUGUAUUGUCUCUUUUUUUUCAUUUCGGGCCAAAACCCCUCAGGAUAAAAAGUGAAGAAAACAAGAAUGUUGUCAAAAAAAAACAUUUUAACACUAAAACUGCAUGCACAAGCAUUUUAGUUGGUUGUAUGGUUAAAGGGAAAAGCACAAUCAUACACACAGCGACAUGUUGGCACGUUGAGGAUUCAGUUGGAGGGAUGGAAAAAGCAUCACUGUCUUAUUUGUGAUUCAGGAGGGACAGGAGUCGUAUACGUGGGCAUGUUCAAAUAAGUCCCCCCCACGAAUCUGCUACAUAUCAGAAAUAUAACUUUACUUGGGGACGUGUCUUUUUGGGGGUCUUUUUCGAGACAGACUGUAGAAUCACCUUCCUCCUACUAUUUACUAUUGACUGUGAAAUUAGCCCAUUCAUGUUUUGUUUUUGUUUUUUACUUGAAAAAAUAUAUAACACUAUUAGCAAGCAUGUGAGUGUGUAAUAGUUGUUUUAUUUUUCUAAUGUGGCUGUAAUACGAGGCUAGAUUUGCAAACGUUAAUAUAUAGAAUUAGACUUUUUUAUUUUUGCCAUUUUCAAUGUGUGGUGUGUCAUUUAGUUUCCAUGGGAACAAUAGGGAAGAACGAUAAUUUAAAUUUGACUAUUUGUGAAUGACUAUUAUAUGCAAGUGAGAUAUUUUUCAGGUUGCCGAUUUGCCAUGACACCAUCAUCGAACCCAUCAAUUAGAACCUACAUCCCCCAAGUGUCCAUUCUUGUCCUUAUGCAGUGUCUCAUAAAUGCCUUAAGUGAGGAAUUUCAAAUAAACACAAAUGGGAUUCAUUUCAUUGAAUGUCCGACA